AGAAUUUGAUAUGGAAAAAAGCAUCAUAUUGAGGGAGCCUCUGAUUGCCCAAGAACAAGAAAACCCAUCUCUAAUCAACCAUUUAUAUAUUGGUCACUUCUUAGCUAGAUGGGGUGCCAGAAUGUGGGAAUUCUCUGUUGGUUUAUAUAUGAUCAACAUUUGGCCAGACUCGUUGCUCUAUGCAGCAAUAUAUGGUGCCAUUGAAUCUGCCUCCAUUGCACUGUUUGGUCCCAUAAUUGGAAGAUGGGUUGAUAAGUUGUCUUAUGUGAAGGUUUUGCAAUUGUGGUUGGUGACACAAAAUCUCUCUUUUGUUAUUGCUGGGGCCACUGUAGUUGCCUUACUAGCCAACCCGUCACUGAAGAAUACAAAUUUCUCAGCUUUCGUAUUACUAGUGUUGAUAAUCAAUAUCUGUGGUGGCAUUGGUGUACUUUCAACUCUUGCCGGUACAAUCUUGAUUGAAAGAGAAUGGUUGUUGGUUAUAUCUGAAGGUCAAGCCCCAGAAUUGCUGACAAAGAUGAAUUCAGUCACGAGACGCAUUGAUCUAAGCUGCAAGCUUUUUGCUCCUGUCAUUACAGGGUUCAUAAUAAGUUUUGUAUCAUUAAAAGCAUCUGCUAUAACAUUAGCACUUUGGAAUACUGUGUCUGUUUGGGUUGAGUAUUGGCUUUUUACAUCUGUAUAUAAUGGAAUUCCAACUUUGGGCCAAAGUAGCCAGAGGAGGAUGGCAAGACUUUUACAAAGUGAUCAGGAAAGGAACAGUCCAACUUUGGUUGAAGACAACAUGCUUUCUGUUACUGGUGGUAAUCCAGAAUUGGCUGAUGAUAGAAAAGGCCAGAAAAAAUUUUCUGAUUGGAUUUCAGAGAUCCCUUAUAUUUCUGCAUGGAGAGUUUAUUUACAGCAAGAAGUUGCCCUUCCUGGAAUAGCUUUAGCUUUGCUAUUUUUUACUGUAUUAAGCUUUGGAACUUUGAUGACAGCCACCUUAGAAUGGGAAGGCAUACCUGCAUAUGUUAUUGGAAUAGCAAGAGGAAUUAGUGCUGUGAUUGGAAUAGCUGCAACAGUUGUAUAUCCUGUGCUACAGUCUCAUAUAUCCACUAUUAGAACUGGACUUUGGUCUAUCUGGUCUCAGUGGACCUGCCUCCUCCCAUGUUUAGCUGCAAUAUGGAUCCAAAAUGGCUUUCUAUCAUCAUAUAUUCUGAUGGGAAGUGUGGCUAUAUCGCGGCUUGGAUUGUGGAUGUUUGACUUAUCUGUACUUCAACAAAUGCAGGAUCUUGUUCCUGAAUCUGACCGUUUGAUUGUUGGAGGUGUUCAGAAUUCACUUCAGUCUUUGAUGGAUUUAUUGGCCUAUGUAAUGGGAAUCAUAAUAUCUGAUCCACGGGACUUCUGGAAGUUGACUUUAUUAUCAUUUCUUGCAGUCACAUUAGCUGCAUUCCUCUACUGCAUUCAUGUAUACCAUGUGCGGAAGCACAUCUUUCACUUUGAUCUAUUGUGGGGUAAAUGUUUUGUAAGAGAAUCUUAA